AUGGACUCGGAAGAACAAUUGUUAAUAGGUGUGGUAGAUUACGAAAACUAUUCUAGUUUGAAUGAAGCAACAGAUGCUGAAGAUCUUACUUCGGCCGAAGAGCUCAAAUUUAUUACUAAGGCUUCAAUACCAUUAGUUAUUACAUUCUUCUUACAAUAUUUGUUAUCGGUGAUAUCAAUCUAUGCGGCAGGGAAAUUAGGGGCUAAGGAAUUGGCAGCUGUAUCUCUUGCCGUAUGUACAUUUAAUAUAACGGGCCUCGCUAUAUAUCAAGGUAUGUCAACUAGUUUAGAUUCAUUUUGUUCACAAGCAUAUGGGUCAGGAAAAUUACAUCUAGUUGGAGUCUAUUUCCAGCGAUGUUCAUUAAUGAUAUUAGCAGUAACUGUAUUCCCCUUAUCAUUGAUCUGGUGGUUUUCAGGAUCUAUAUUAGCUCAUGUAAUUGAUGAUAAUGAAUUAGUAGAUAUGAUACAAACAUUUUUAAGAAUACUUAUAUUUGGAACUCCCGGUCUAGUAUUAUUUGAAACAGGAAAGAGGUUUUUACAAGCUCAACAUAUAUUCAAUGCUGGAACUUAUGUUCUUGUGAUAGUUGUUCCUAUAAAUUAUUUAUUAAAUUGGAUAUUAGUUUGGCAUCCAACAUAUGGACUUGGAUAUGUCGGUAUUCCAAUUGCCCUCGGAAUCGUUUAUUGGAUUAUUUCAUUACUAAUGUUAUUAUAUGUGUUACUUAUAGAUGGAAAGAAAUGUUGGGGUGGAUUAGAUUUUGAAAAAGCUAUAAAGAACUGGAUACCCAUGUUAAGAUUGGCUAUUCCAGGAGUUAUUAUGGUAGAAGCAGAAUAUUUAGCAUUUGAAGUUCUCACAAUUCUUGCUGCAUCAUUUGGUACUUCCGCUAUUGCUGCUCAAGCCAUUGCAUCUAAUGUAGGUUCAUUAUCUUUCCAAUUACCAUUUGCAGUGGCUGUGGCUCUUAGUACAAGAAUUGGACAUUUUGUUGGUAUGCAAAGUAUUAGAGCUGCUCUGUUAGUUACCAAAUUAACAAUCAUAUUUGCAGGAAUUAUAGCUCUUACUAAUUUCAGUCAUGUAUUCUUUGGUAGACAUUAUUUAUCACGAUUAUUCACUGAGGAUGAAGAAGUUAUUAAAAUUACGGUUCAAGUACUUCCCUUGGUAGCUCUUAACCAAUUAGGCGAUGCAUUCAAUGUGAUUGGAGCAGGAGUCCUUAGAGGUCAAGGUAGACAAAGAAUUGGAUCAAUACUUAAUAUGAUAUCAUAUUAUGUUAUUGCCCUUCCCUUAUGUACAGUAUUAGCAUUCACAUUUAAAUUUGGUUUACAAGGGUUAUGGUACGGAUUAAUAUCGGGAGUAGCUUUCUUAGCGAUUUCCGAAUAUGUAGUAAUCUACAGAAGUGACUGGCCCCGAAUCAUUGUGGAAUCAAAGGAGAGACAUGAUCAUUAA